GUACGUACACGACGACGCGACGCGACGCGACGCGACGCGACGGCGCGAGCGCACGAUCGUCGGUCCCACCAUCUCGCUUUCGUCCGAACUGCGCCUCCGUCGUCCGAUUCGGAAUCGCACGCGCCAACCCUUCGCGAUCAAGCGAGGGAGUCUGGAUGCGCCACUCGCCAGACGCGGCGGCGUGACGCUUUGAACGACGACAACAAGGACCGCUAGAUCGCUAAAGCUGCGGGGGGGAUCCACGCGGACGGAAGGAAAAGAGAGAUAGAGAUAUAAGAGGAAGAAAGCUACGGCGUCGAGUUCUGCGGUGGCGACUAUGCGCGUCAUCGAUCGCGCGCACCUCCGCGAUCGGCCGGAGAUGUGAUACCGGAAGUAGGCCAGGCAGGGUUGACCUGCGUGGGCGUGCAGGUACGCGACGUACGGGUGCGUGCGUGCGUGCCGUGCAUAGGCCGCAGGUGUGCCGCGUGGACCCGCGGGGGGGCCAACAGUCGUAGAGAUGAGCGUCGCCGCGAUAACCUGCCCGUCACCGACGUACCCGACGUCGGGGACCAACCCCUGCAGUACCACUGCUGUGCGGCUGCUCUGCGUCGUCUUGGUCUCCUCUUGGAUUAUCCUCGAUCAGCCAGCCCUGGGUCUACCGAAUCCCUCGGAGCUCACGACCGUAGAAGAUCUAUCUGAUAGGGGCACGAAAAAGUUUGGUGAUGACUGUCAGGUGGACAAAGAAUGCGGCUUUGCUGGCUCCUAUUGUGAACCAAAAAAGAACAAGUGCGCCUGCAAGGAAGAAUUUGAAGCCACGAACCAUAUCGACAAGUGCGGACACGCGGCGAAUGUGAACGAGUCCUGUUUCUUCCAUGAGCAAUGCGAGGUGCGGGUGAUCCAAACGGAAUGUCGCGAUGGUCGAUGCAUCUGCCUCUUCGAGAAAGUCCCGAUGAUGCACGCGGAUGGUGUAAUAAUCUGCGUAGCUGAGGUCAAAGAGUCACCCAGCCUCCAGUACAUCGAUCCAGCGAUGAUCGGCGUUCUCGUUGGCAUGGCACUGAUGUUCGUCAUCAUUUGCGUCGUUCUUAGACUUUUCAGCAAGGCUCGUUGGCGAGAGAACCGCACUAUCUUUAAUACACCCAACGCGCGACUGAUGAACGUCUCGCUGCUGAGAGAGAACAAACUUUUGCACACUCAGGAGAGACGCGGCUCGAGAACGAGUGUACGAGCUCCAUCGAGGCAACCCUCGAUGGCAUCCUUGAGGGCCCAUUCACCGAACGCCUCGCAAGGUGCGAAACACUCUCACCACUCACAGCACAGAAUGAGCCGUAUGGGUUUUUCAUUCACUUACUAAGCAAGCAACUUGUUAUUCAAAGCCCUGUUCAGAUAGAGCAAGCGACUCUUUCCUAUCUAUUUCGCGAUAUUUCUGAUGCAGCUUCGUGAAAAUCGAUGAGUCCAGGAGAAGACAGUUAUAACGGGUUAACUGAGAUAU